UGGCCACCUAUCACAGGACCACGCUUGGAGUCACUGAGCUCCUGAGAGCGACCCAUUCUUUCACCAAUGUUUGUAGAAGCCGUCUGCAUGCCUAGGGGCUGGAUUGUAUACACCUGUGUGCAUGGAGGGGAUUGGAACACCUGAAUCACAUGAUAUGGAGGGGAUUGGAACACCUGAAUCACAUGAUUGGGAGGGGAUUGGAACACCUGAAUCACAUGAUUUGGAGGGGAUUGGAACACCUGAAUCACAUGAUUUGGAGGGGAUUGGAACACCUGAAUCACAUGAUAUGGAGGGGAUUGGAACACCUGAAUCACAUGAUAUGGAGGGGAUUGGAACACCU